ACAAGUGGCGAGAACGCUCUCGCGAGAGCAAUCUCGUCGCGGCUGCUUUUUUUCAUUGCACGACUUCCGCCCGUGUUGUCGGCGCUGGCGAAUUGUUCGCGGAUCCGUCCCAAGUCCCAAGCUGGCCGGCCAAGACAACAGGAGCACCGACAUGGCUGCCGACACAGCUCUGGGGAGCGCCAGCGCCCAGAGCGAUUCGGGCCACUCCGACAACGGCGACACCGAGCAGCACAUCCCGAUCAUGGAGCAGAAUGACGACGGCGAAGCUGCUGACGGCGCGGCCCAAGAGCAUAUCGACUGGGACGCAAUUCGCGAAAAGCUAUCCAAGAAGAUCUACCACCUGAGCACCGAGUUGAGGCGUUGCGCCAAGAAAGCCGCCACGCUUGAGACUCCAAAGAUCGUCAAGAAAAUCCGGCUUUUGAAAACCAAGAUUGAGAGCGAUGCCAACACCCCGGAAGAGGUUCAAAAUGGCAGACGGAAAGAACUGUCCAAGCUCGAGGGGCAGAUUGAGGGCCUGAAGAAAGUCGACGUUGAUCGCCUCUCCCGCUUGGCAUUUACCCGGGCCAUCAAGCGACUCAAGACACAUUUGCAAGAGCCCGUCACCGAGAUCGCCCAGAGCAGCGGCAACUCCGAGCCAGCAAGCGCCGGCCCAGAGAGCUCGGCGGAGGAUCCACGCACGGCCGAGCCGACCUCCGCAACCGACCCGAUGCAGCUAGAUGCAGCCUCGAAUCGCGUGCUAAAUAGCAAGCUGAUGGCCCAGCAAAUCCAAGAGUGCGUCUCGGAUCUGUGCAAGGUCAUCUAUGCAAAGCAGAUUGCAGAGAUCGAGAAGAAGGAGAAGCAGAAGCGGCACGAAGAUCGUGAGCUUGCCGCGCGGCAAAGAAAAGAAGCCCAGCGUCAGCAAAAACAGGAGCUGAAUCGCAUCAAGCAGAAGAGCCAAGCAAACAAGCGCAAGGCGUCCGACACCGCUCCAACAUCAAAGUUCAUUACGUCCCUCGCUGGGGCGGCCUCGGACGAAAGCGAUCCAGAAGACGGCCAGAGCAAGAAAAACCGCAUGGGCCAGCGAGCCAGGCGAGAACUCGCCGAGAAGAAAUAUGGUCGCAACGCCAAGCAUCUGAUAGCAGAAAAGGAGAAGCGAAAAACCGAGUAUCUUCUCAAGCGGCCAGCCAAGCCAGGAAUCGCAGCAGAUCGCCCAGCGAAGCGGGUACGGGUGGAUGAUGGCGACAAGCGCACCGGUACAAAGCUGCAUCCGUCGUGGGAAGCCAAGCAGAAACAACGGCAGGCCAUUUCGGCAUACCAAGGGAAGAAGACGGUUUUCUCAGGCGACAAUGAUGCCAGCAAACACAGCAAUGAUGCAAAACGCCCAACCGAAGGAUCGCGGGCGCCUCAGACCAUGCAAAAGCACGACCCAAAGGCCACCCUCCAUCCGUCAUGGCAAGCAAAGCUCAACCAAAGGAACAAAAUGAACGCCGGUGGAGCCGCCAAAUCAACCAAAAUAGUCUUUUCGGAUUGAACUGUCAUUGGAAGGAUCGAAUAGGCGGGGCUCAAAGUUUGAUUGUGAAGGAAUCGUAUUCUGUUAAACUUGAUCAACACGGCGAUCCGAAUUGAUUCAACCUGCGCCCCGAGCCAGGGCCCGAUGAGUGGAGAGAGGAUCGAUGAGCGCGAACCGGAGCCGGCGAGGGUGUGUCGAGGACAAUGACAAGCGACGGCUUUGUGGAGGCCAUGGCAGGAGAGGAUGGACACUGGGUGUGCCCUGGUGUGCCCUGGGUGAGCACUGGGUGAUGCGGAUGGACGAGAUCAGAGACGAACCAAAGCACAAGGACAGGACAGCAGGACAGCAGGACAGGAACAUUGGCGGCAUGGAAACCCAUGGCGAGCCGCCACAGAAGCGAGGGCGCAAAAAACAGAGAGGCGGACAAAAGUCCAAAUGACA